AUGAAAAUUUUGUUGGUUUUUGACUUUGACAAUAUAAUCAUAGAUGAUAAUAGUGCCAUCUGGAUUGUACAGUGUGCUCCAGAGAAAGAGCCUCCUAUUGUACUACAAGAUUCUUAUGAAAAAGGAUUGUGGACAGAAUUUAUGGGCAGAGUCUUUAAGUAUUUGGGAGAUGAAGGUGUAAGAGAAGAUGAAAUGAAAAGAGCAAUGAUAUCAAUGCCUUUCACUCCAGGGGUGGUGGAACUUUUAAACUUUAUAAGAAAAUACAAGGAUAAAUUUGACUGGAUCAUUAUUUCAGAUUCAAAUUCAGUCUUCAUAGAUUGGGUUUUAGAAGCUACCAAUUUUCAUGACGUGUUUGAUAAAGUCUUUACAAAUCCAGCAGCUUUUUAUAGCAAUGAUCAUCUCACUGUGGAAAAUUAUCAUGCUCAUUCUUGCACUAGGUGCCCCCAAAGUCAUUGCAAAAAUGUAGUUUUGGUAGAAUUUGUAGGUAAACAGUUACAACGAGGAGUGAAUUAUAUACGAAUUGUUUAUAUAGGUGAUGGCAGAAACGAUGUCUGCCCAGUAACCUUCUUAAAGAAAAAUGAUGUUGCCAUGCCACAGAAAGGAUAUACUUUACAGAAAACUCUUUCUAGGAUGUCUCAAAAUCUUGAACCUAUGGAGUCUUCUGUUGUAUCUUGGUCUUCAGGUGUUGAAAUAAUUUCUCAUUUACAAUUUCUAAUAAAGGAGUAA